AUGAACGAAAGUUAGUAAGAUUAAAAAAAAUAAAAUGCUUAACAUGAUCAAGUUGAAAAAAAUGAUUGUAAAGUUAAUACUAAUCUAUGUGAUAAUUAAAAUACUUACACACCUGAAACUGAUAAAGGCAGUCAAGAUUUAAACUCCUAAAGUUGCUUAAGCUAAAAGGAAGAAGACUAAAAGGCAUCUUAAGAAAAUAUUAAAGAAGCUCUAUAAUUUGAAGAAAUAAAAUAGAAUGAUGAUUAACCUAUCAGCAUAUACAAAAUUUAAAAAUGCUUUUAUAACAUAAAUUAACAAAAAAAUUUAUUAGACCUCUUGAAAAAGAAAGCUGGAAUUGAAAUUUCUGAAUUUGAAAUUUUCUUUUAAAAUUUAGAAACAAUAUUAAAUUGCAAUGCUUAAAAUAUAAAUUACAUUAGCAAAUUGGGAUAAAAGUUAGCAAAAGAAUACGUUCAAACAUUUAAUGCAAGUAAUAUUAACAAGCUUAUUUAAGUGUAUAUGUCUGAUCCCAAAAAUAUUGCUUAAGAUGAAGUCUAAAUUAAAUCAGAAUUUAUAAGAUUCUCUAACGAAAAUUAAUUCUAAUAAAUGAUUGAAGAAGACACAGAUUAUGAAAGCGAUUCCAGUAAAAUAUUUGACCAAUUUAAAGACCUAAUUCUUAAUAAUUAGUUUUAAGAUAUUUAAUAAGUGCAAGAUCUCUCUUAAAAUUGCAAACAAUAAAUGAUAACAGCAUACUCAAGAUCUAAAAUAUCUGAAAUGAUUAGCGUUUAUUAGAAAAUUCAAUUUAUUUUGUAAGGAAAUCGUCAUCCAGAAAAUAUUUAAAAACCUAUUUUACAAAAUUAGAAUUAAUAAUGCCAAAGUUCUAAUGAACAACUUUAGAUUCAAGAAAUACCUUAAGAAAAUGAUAAAUCAGAAAGAAAUAUAAAAAGUAUUUCAACUAAUAGUAACAAAGAGUUAAAUAACCAAUAAAAUCUAUAAUAAACCUUGUUAGUAUAAUAAGCUAGUGUUUUAGAGAUAAAUAUCAAAAAUUAAAAUAUCUUAGAUGAUAAUAAAGCUAAUUCUUAAGAUUAAAUUUCUGAUCAAAUGAAUGAAGCAAAAUAAAAUGAUGAAGAAACUUAAAAAGGAAAUUCUUAUCAGUUUCAAGAAGAAGAAAAAAUUUUGAAAAUUUUAUAAUAAAAAUUCAAAAUAGGUCUUUAUGUUCCUAAAAAUAUAGAUCAUUACAACAAUUUUAUUAAUGAGCUAGCUUAAGUACUACUUAAAAAGCUACCUUAAAAAAGCAUUAAUGAGUGCAUCGAUAAACAUAUUCUUGACUGUCAUGUUAAUAAUGUUAUGGCAUUGGUUAAUGAAAUAACUGAAGAGUAAAAAAAUAGCGAUAAUGAUAAUUUAAUAAUAAAUAGUAUAAAAUAGUAAAUACCUUUGUUUAGGUAAUCUCUUAAUGAUGAAGAAAUUUAAUAAUUAGUUUAAUAAAUGAAGAUGGAAGGGUUAUAAUCUAGCCUUUUCUAAAAAUAUAUAGAAAAUGGAAAUGAAAUAAUAGAAAAAAAAAUAUUUGACAUACAUUAGCAGUAUCCAUUUUUAAAUGAAAAAACAUCUAAAUUUUGUUAAUAAUAAUUUGGAUAAAUAAAAUUUUAAGUUUCAGAAAUUGAAAGUUAAAUAAUAUUAGAUUAGUAUUAUUUCAAAAUUUAAUAACAUCAAGAAUAAAUUAAAAAUAAUAUAGAAAGAUUUAAAUUAAUAGAGGAAGAGAUUUCUCGCAACACAUCUAUAAGAAAAUACCUUGAGUAGAUUUACUCUUUAAGCUUAAAGAAAAAACUUUAAACCUUGUUUAACUUAAGUGAAACUAAAUUUAAUGAAAAAUUUAUUAUAAAAAAACUAAUUAAUUAAGAUGAUUCUUAGGAUUAGCUGUAAAGGCUAGUUGAAAAAUACAACUUAGAUAAAAAUCAUGAAGAUUUUUAAAUCUUAGAACAAAUAUUCUAAAGCAAUGAACUAAACAUAAAUAGUUUGUAUUAUAAAUCUGUUCUUCUUGUAGAUAUAAAUAAGCCAAAAGAUAAUUAAGAACUUUAUUUUUCUAAGAUUUACAAAUUUUUAUUAGACAUCUAGAGUUAAGGCUUGAAAGCACUGCUCGAUAAUUAAUAUUAGCUAAUAAUCAAGCUUCUAAAAAUUGAUGAAAGUAUUUUAAAUGCAAACAACCUUGAGAACCUUGAUUAAUACUAUAUUUAACUUUUGUAAUUCUCUUGCUCUUAAAUUGAAAAAAAAAUUGAGCUCAUUCAAUUCAUUCUUAGAAAAUAAUUAUCUAACUUUCAGAUAGAUGAGGAUCAACUUAAUUACAUAUCAAAAUAAAUUGAUAGAACUGGCCUUACAUUUAUUUACUAAUUAAAUGAAUAGAGUAUAAAAUUUGUAAAAGAUAUAGAUUAAAACCUUUCGAAGUGUUAAAUAUUAAAGAAGAUUUAUGGUAGAAAUCUUUAUGAAUUAUAGGAUUAAACUAUGACAUUUUAUUUUGAUUUUGAAAAUUAGCUUUAAAUAUAAAAUAAACGAGAUGAACUAUUCAAAAUAGGCAAAUGCAUAGAUUUAAACUAAUUGCUAGAGUAUCAUAAUUCUUAAUAAAAAAUUACUUAGAUUGAAGCAUGGAUUAAAGACAUUACAGAUUUAUACAUUAAUUCAGAUUCACUUUUUUCUUCUAGACUUUACGAUCUAAUAAUAUACUUAUCAAAAAGAAAUUAAAAUCUAGAUAUUGUUUUUUAAAAAAUUUAAGAAUGUUUAAUGAAAAAUUAAGUUAAACAAAAUAGAUUUUUGAUAAACAAAAAAACUGUUUUUGAAUAUCUGAUGGAAUAUUCUGACAGCUAAGCUUAGCUUAAGUUAAUACUCUUGCUAGGAUUUGCAAACCCAGUUCCUCUAUUAAGAACUAAAUUAUUAAAAAUGGAAGAUAAUAGCUAUAAAUUUUAGUAAUAACUAAUAUUUUAGAGUUUUUGGCUGUUAAAAAAAUAAGAUUAAGUAGUAGCUUCUUUAGGAAUAGGAUUUCAAAAAGGAAAAUCUUAAUUUUUAAAUGAAACUUUUGCAACUAAUUUUGCAAUAAGUGAUGGUUCUUACAGCUUUAUCUCGAGUGCUGAUAUCCAAUCAAAUCACAUAUUUUAACAAAAUAAAAGAAAAUAUUUUGUAGCUGACUUCCAUGGAGAUGCUUCUUUAUUAGAUGAAUAAUACAUUUUAGGUUUCUUUGUUUAUUAUAUCCUGUAGGUAAACAUAAGCUUAAUAAAAAAUAAUAAACUUAAUGAACUUGAAAGAGUUAUCUAAAUAUUAGAAAAAAAUAAUAAAAAAUACUGCUUAUUAAUUCGUGAUACAGAUGAAAAUAGUCAGCUUUGUGAUAGCUAAAUUACAAACUGUAAUUUAAAAAAUGAAACUCUAGCCUGGUUAAAAAAAAAAAAAUUAAUUACUCUACCAAAUCUUAAAUUAAUAAAUGAUGAGAAAAAAAAAUAUCACAUAAAUCAAACAAGAAUAAUGUUAGAUAAUUUAGUUAAUACAGAAUCAGAAAAUGAAAGCUCUUUAAACUUAUUCAUUGAAAGAUUUUUUUCUCAAAACAGUCAGUAAAAUCAAAUCUAAAAAUCAAGUUAAAUAAAUAAUGAAUGGAUGUAUGAAGAAUUAUAGAAGGUAAAUGUAAUUUGUGAUGAACUAUAAUAGAUAGAUGAUAUUUCAGCAAGCAAAUUGUUCUAUUUUUAUAGUAUUUUUUCAAAGUACUAAAAAACUUUAAUGGAGUGUAGUGAUAGAAAAUUUAAGAAUAGUACUGACCUAGAAAUAAAAUAAAGAAGGUAAAAAUUUGAAAAAUACGAACAUAAAUAUAAAACCCUUAAAGUCAAAGAUGACAAAAGUAGAAGUUAUGGUGCUAAUCUUUUUGAGAAGAUAAUUUGUGAUAGUAAAAACCUUUAUCACAAUAUGCUUUUGUUCAUUUAGAAACUAAAAGAGGUUAAUAAUUAAAGGGUUGGCUUAUUAAAGGAAGAAAAAAGAAAUCUUAUUUAUUCAAAAGAAAAAGAAGAUAUAUAAAAAAUGUAAAAAUUAGAUUAAUAAAUAUUAGAUAACCAAAUAUCUGUUGAACUAUUUUGGAGAGAAAUUAUACAAUUGUGGUAUAAACAUACUAGCUAUUCAAAAAAUAGUUAAUUAAUUGAGGCAUAUGCAACUAUGAUAUAUAACGGAUUUCCUUUUGAAAUCAUAGACGGAGAGACUUUUUACUAUCCUUUUGAGUUUCUGUAUUAGUGCUUCUAGCAUAGUUAUUUUACUAAUAAAAAAUUUUGUAUCAUCAGUAUAAUAGGUCCUUAAAAUUCAGGUAAAUCGACUUUGCUUAAUUACUUUUUAGGAUGUGAUUUUUAUGUGAGUGAUGGUAGAUGCACAAGAGGAAUCUAUGGCACACUUGUAAAAUCAAAGAUUCCUGAAUUUGAUUAUAUUUUAGUAAUAGACUCAGAAGGUCUUUUAUCUUAAGAAAAAGAUGAUCCUGAUUAUGAUAGAAUGCUUACUUUGUUUUGCUUAUCUGUGAGCUAGUUUUUAAUUAUCAAUGUGAAAGAUCAACUAACACCUGAAAUGACUAAAAUAUUAGAACUCUGUGUUGAUGUUUCUAGGGAAUUAAAGGCAAAUUAAAUACCUAAAAGAGUAGUAGAAAUUGUUUUUAAUUAAAAAGCGGAUCCAAAUAAUGAAAAUAACAAAGUUGCAAUAAAUAAAGCUUUAAAAUCUUUUGAAUAAAAUUCUAAAUUAUCUGACCAUAUCGAAAUAAGCCAUGAAAAUGCAACAAAUUUACCUACCGCUUUUUCAUAUAAAUAUAUAGAUCUCGAGUAAUAAUAAAAUAAUUGGAAUUAUUUAGAAACUCAAAUUACAUUUGUGGAAGGAGUUUAAAAUUUAGGAGAUAAAAUUAUUUAAAAACUCAUUUAGCUUUCUUAAUAAGAAUAAUAGAAAACUUUUAAAUUAGUCAAAACUAUUCCAGAAUUAUUAAAAUUAAUGAAAGAUAUUUAUGAAACAAUUAAUUAAAAUUCAGACUUGACAGCAUAUAAGGAUAUUUUGCAUAAAGAAAAUGAUUAAAAAAAGGAUAAAUCAAAAAAGAUGUUGAAAUUGAGUUUAAAAAUGAUGUAUCGCAAGAAAUUUUAACUUCAAACAAUAAUUACUUAAAUUAUUAGAUAUUGA